GGCGAGAGAAGAAGUCAGAUUCAGAUCUGUCUCUUCUUCCCCAUCGCGCCGCCAUUUACGCGAGAUACCUGAAAUAUCUCAUUUCCACCAAAUCACGGAGAGCCGCAUCGAGACCGCGACCAUGGCCGCCGGCGAAGACCACAUCUCGCGUCUCACGGACGAUCUGCUGCGCCUUAUUCUCCGUCUCGUCCCCGCGAAGGAGGGCGCGUUCACCACCAUGCUUUCCAGGAGGUGGCGCCCGCUCUGGACGUCCUCCGGCGCCGUCAACAUCGUCGCGCGCAUCCUGGAGAACGACGAGCAGCACGUGAUGGAGAGUACCGCGUUCUACGCCAGGCGCGACAGAUUCGUCGCUGGCACCUUCAAGGCUCUCGACGCAUUCCACAAGGCCGCCAUCCUUGAUCCGGUCAAGACUCUCACUCUGCGCGUAGAGGGCCAAGCCGGUAACAUAAUCCGGGACUACCUCAACCGCGACGCGGACUGGCGCGGCCGUCCCCAAGUCUUAGCCAAACUCCUCUCCCACCCGGCGGCGCGCAAGCUCGAGGAGAUCCGGAUCGCCGCCGUCGACAACAUUGACGGGGAGCCGAUGCUCUUCGAGCAGAUCGACCGCGAGGCAGAUCCCAACUCCUUUCGGGUUCGCCUCUACACGCUCAGCAUCGGCUCACUCCCGUCACGCACCAUCCGGGUUCUGGAUCUCACCAACUGCGGCGAGCUCGCUCCGGCGUCGUCCGAGUUGCCAUUCCCGCUGCUUGUGUCUCUGCGUCUUCGACACUGCAACGUCCCACUUGAAGUUCUCCAGGGGCUGAUCCGCGCCGCGCCAAAGCUGUCCUCCAUCUAUCUUGAGUACGUGCUCCUGGAGGAGCAGCAAAGCUUCCAAGAAGAUGAUGACCCGCCACAAGAUGCGGUCCUGCGCCUGCUCUCCUGCCCGUCUGCCAGGGUUCUUGUCAUUGACAGGUGCUGCAUCAAGGAGGAGGGAACCUUCCGCAUCUAUGCCCCGCUCCUGUGGCGAUUCGAGUACACUGGGGUUAUUCGCAAUCUCCUGCUCAGCCCUCCACCCCUUGAUCUGGUCCAGGCAGAAGUCACCCUUGUCGAUUACCGUCGCAAGCUAGAAAGGGACCCUGUUGCCGCUCGCCACAACUUUUGGUCCAUUGUCCGAGGGUUGUGCCAUGCCAGGCAACUCACUUUGCAUAUCUUCCACAUUGAGGAGUUUGCUGUCGCAACCAAGGCAGACCAGGCCACUCUGCUCCCAGUGCUCCCUAAUCUCAAGCGGCUCAAACUCGAUGGAGUCUUCUGGCCCACUCGCACGGAAGCGGCAACGACAAUCGGGAACUUGCUACGCUGCUGCCCUGCGCUCGUGCAUCUCAGGCUAAACCUUAGAACACAUCAAGAGAUGCAGACCGUGUCCGAAUCGGACGCCCUUGCUUUCCUCAAAAGAAAGUAUGAAGAUGAGUUCAAAGAGUCGAUCAGCCGCUUGGAGCGCCAUAGAACGCAGCAGGCGGUGGCAGCGAGGGACAAGGAAGAGGAUUUCAAAGAGUCAACCAGCCGCUUUAAGCGCCGUAGAACGCUGCAGGCAGUGACAGCCACUGACAAUGAGGAUGACGUUUACUUUGAUGACACGGUUCCUGAUUUGGCUGGGCUAAGUGAUCACACGUUUGAAUGCCUGGAGAGCAGUCUGAGAACAGUGAGCUUACAGUUCCUGUAUGCGGAGAAGAACCGUUUCGCAGUCUACCUGGUCAAGUACUUCAUCAAGCGUGGCAAGGUUCUUGAGAAGAUCUUCGUAGAUCCAGGAAAUCAGAGGUUUGGGGAUCGCAUGAGCAUCAAAAUUGAGAAGUGGGUCACCUGUUUGUCCACAAGAAGGAUUAAAGUCUUGCCUCUUCUAAGGGAUUGAAUUGUGUCAGGCUUCAUUCUUGUUAGUCUUUUUUGGAAUCUGAAUUGUGUUACACUCGUGUUGGAAGCUGGCUGUUUAUUUUGCCUUAAAUGCAGAACCUAGUCUUUUACUACUACCUUUUACCUUGGUAGUUUGGUUCAGUGUCGUUUUGUUGGUUCAAUGUAAUAGUAGUAGUACUUUACUGUUUGGAAACAACAUUCUGCAUUCAGACACUUAAAGCUCUUCUGUGUUAUUUUUGUGCAACAGGGUUU